AGUGCACUAAAAAUCCCAACGUUCACAUCAGUUUCAUUGCAACGUUCACUCCGCUAAGUGUGGUUUAAGUCUCGCAGCUCCGAUGUAGAGGCAAUACGCGCACCUAACAAAUUGUUCUCACACCUUCCUAUCCGGUGCACCCUUCACAUCUAGCUCGUCUACAUCGUCGUUCAUUAUUCCGUCCGGUAUGUCGCACGUUUUCUGAUCACUACAUUUACUGUUACCGUAUGUCGUCGUCGUUCCAUGCAUAAUGCGCUCACUGUGACGUGUCUCCGGGCUGUCGUCGUACUUGUGUAGGAAACGGAACAGAAAAUUCACGGUUCCUUUUUCUAAGGAAGGCCAACCCCGCAAGCAUAAUAUAGAGGUAGAUGCCGAGAGCAGUGGUGAAGCAAAGCUUGUUUAUUUUUGGUCUAUUUCUGGGUUGAAGCAAGAUAAAAAAAAAGACGGAUGUCGAAUGCAUAAGACCAAGCCGUGAAAACUACAGUGGUUUAUUAUUCUACAAACCGUAAAAUUAGGCGAAUUCAGUAAGUGAAUGUGGUGUCUGGAGGCUUAUAUGGAGGGAAGAUAACAGUGCAGAGUGAUUCCACGCUGUAAAUAAUACACCGAAAGAUAUUCAAAGUGUUAUAAUUGUGUUUCUUAUCUUGUAAUUCAACAGAUAUCAGAAGAAAAAAUUGUGUGAAACCACUAACGAAGCAAAGUCUAAGCUAAAAUCGGUGCUCGCAACUGUGUUCGUGUGGUUAUUCGAAGAAAAGGUGUGAAAUACGGCAUCAGAAUCAAUCACGGGAACGCUAUGCCACAGUUCUACAAAGUUGAAAUCAACAAAACAGAAUGGGAGGUACCCGAAAAAUACCAAAUGUUAACUCCAGUAGGGAGUGGGGCAUAUGGUCAAGUUUGUUCAGCAACGGACACUCAGCACAACGUUAAGGUAGCCAUAAAAAAGCUGGCGCGCCCUUUCCAGUCAGCUGUGCACGCCAAACGAACCUAUCGCGAACUUCGCAUGUUGAAGCACAUGAACCACGAGAACAUAAUCGGCCUGUUGGAUGUUUUCCAUCCCGGAGGAAACACACUGGACGGCUUCCAGCAGGUCUACCUGGUCACUCAUCUGAUGGGGGCGGACCUGAACAAUAUUAUACGAACACAGCGUCUCUCGGACGACCAUGUACAAUUCCUAGUCUAUCAGAUAUUGCGUGGCCUUAAAUACAUUCACAGUGCCGGUAUUAUACACAGGGAUUUGAAGCCGUCCAACAUUGCGGUGAACGAGGAUUGCGAGUUGAAAAUUUUGGACUUCGGUCUGGCCCGUCCCACAGAGAACGAAAUGACCGGCUACGUCGCGACGCGGUGGUACCGGGCACCAGAAAUCAUGCUCAACUGGAUGCACUACAACCAGACGGUGGACAUUUGGUCCGUCGGGUGCAUCAUGGCGGAGCUGUUGACGGGGCGAACCCUGUUCCCCGGCACAGACCAUAUCGACCACCUCACACGCAUCAUGUUCUUCUGCGGAAAACCUGAUGGGGAGCUGAUGCAAAAAAUAACUAGUGAGGAGGCUAGACAUUACAUCCGAUCAUUGCCUAAAACGGAAAAGCGCAGCUUCAGCGAUGUGUUCCGUGGUGCCAACCCUCUUGCCAUUGACUUGCUGGAAAAAAUGUUGGAACUAGACGCCGAUAAACGUGUUACCGCGGAACAAGCACUGGCACACUCAUAUCUUGAGAAAUACGCUGAUCCUACCGACGAACCAACAUCUACGCUGUACGAUCAAAGCUUCGAAGACAUGGAUCUUCCUGUAGAGAAAUGGAAGGAACUUGUUUUUCAAGAAGUGCUUAAUUUUGUUCCUCAGCAGCAUGCACAUAUUGGAGGUGAUGCACAGUAAACAAACAACUUUUCAGUCGGCAAGCAAACCGGAAAAUACAACAACCAGUAAACGAACUUGUUUAAUAUCAUCUAGGUAUUACAUAUUAGGUCUUUAAAGGAAACCCCAGAUUCACACUAAUCAAUCACGCCUUCGAUAACUCUAACGCCCCAUCCAUCUCAUAGUGAAACAAAAAAAAAAACUUUCAAACCAACAAUACUGUCUUUUCCAUAACAACUUCUAGAAGCUACAAAUAAAGACUCAAAACUAAUGAAUGAAUGUGAUUUUUUGAUGUGGAUAAUAAACAGAAAGUAGUAUUGAAUGGCUUAAUUGGCAGGGAUUUAUUUCUAAAGGAAACGAUUUUACAUUAAAAACGAUGUACAAGCUUUAAGAUUGUAUUUGCAAGUUGGUUUUUAUUUAUAUCGAAUAAGUUUCAAUAAAAAAUGAAGUCUUGGUAAAUAG